AUGCGUCAAGGCCGUCGCUACCUCUUGCGAGUAAGACGCGAGGCGACAGUAACGCCAGCCAGUGCGGCGUUCGACCCUAGAGAGACGGCGAGGCACCCUUCUGCGCGUGUGGUGGAACGCCAUAGUGUUGCUGGAAUGCCGUUCCCGGAGAGUGGUACGCCUAGAAGGCAAGAAAUGACGCCAGUUCGGGCAGUGGAGACGCCGACAAGGAGGGCCGGAACGCCGACGUCGGACUCUGCGUUGCAAGAGAUGUUGGUCGACACGUUUAGGCGGGAACGUCAGAGGCUGUUGAUCUCGGCUGGAACGCCGACAAGUACGCCACAACCUGCAAGGGCGAGGCCUGUGUCGCGCCCAGUGCCGGCGUCCACAGGGAGCAUCUUCGUCGGUCAGGCUCGACCGGCUAGUACGACGAUGCUCGAGUACCAAGGUUCGAUGGCUCCCAGGGCGGCGCUACCGGCGCCAGCUUCGACGCCAGUGGCGAUGCCGAUGGCUGCGAUCCCGUCUUACGGUGAAGUGACCAUUCAGGUACCGAGAACCAGCAGGAACGAUGGAGGGAACGGCGCGGCACGCCGGAGUGCUCUGUACCCGCCGUUCCAACCUCCGAUAACGCCUACAGCUGGGUGGAACUCUGAUAGAAUGCUACCCGCGUGGUCGCCUGCGAGCAUGGGAGGCCAUGGAUGCUGUGAGAACUUCAGUGGUCGAGGAGGAAGUUAUCAGACGCGUUCGGCGUACCCUCAAGGGAUUGUGAUGAAUCGGACGCUCGACCACGGUGGUGAUUAUGCUGUGCAAGGAAUUGAAACGCUCCUGGGACGGAACGAGCCGAUAGUGGGCAUCCCAACUGAGUUGCGGAACGCCGUGAAGGUGAUCGUUCCAUUUUAUUCUGACACCGCUACGAGUGAAAGGGCGGCGGCGUUUUGGCGUUCUUUCGAGAAGUGCACGCAUGGUAUGGACGGCCAGAUGAGGUUGACGGCGUUCGAGCAGUGUCUCAAGGGCAAGAUUGGUCAAGAGUGGUGGUACAACUCCAGCUUUUGA